AAGCGAGCAGGAGUGAAAUCAGUACAGCUGCGGCUCAGGGCGAAGCAGCGUGACGGAGCAAGUGUGCAGGCGACGCAGAAAAAUCAGGAGCUUUUAUUUCCAUUAAACACGUCUAAAAGAAGAGCGCCCUUUAAAGACGUCUACCAAUGGCUACCUGCGAAGACUCUCCUCUAAUGUUUGCUGAAACAUGUGACGAAACCUUUUACUUUCUAGAUACUGAAUGUAUCUCGCGUUCUGCCACACCUAAAACAGAUCUCUGUCCAGAUGCUUUCAGGAAAGGCAAUCAAACGCCACACUCCUACUGGAUUCAAAGUAUGGAUCAAAAGUUCCUGGUUUUAAGAACCUCAGGGAAUUUUGAGUUUGAGGACAGGACUACUCAUGAUCGGGGACUGCCUGAUUGCAAAUUUGACAUCCAGAUUUAUCAGGACUCAACUGCACAAAUACAGCCUGUCAUGCUCUAUGCCUGUAUUAACGGCCAGAAAAUGAUGGUAUCCUGCAAAAAUAACAAGGAAGUCUCUCCAGAGCCCAUGAAUACUAGUGGUCUGGAGAGGAUUAAUGAAAUUGGACACAAGGCCUUGUUUCGGUGGAAACAUAUCUCUACUGGCAAAUACAAGUUUGAGUCCACCAUGUACACAGGUUACUUCCUGGCAUUUGAGCCCUUAGAGGAUAAGCCCUGCCUGCAUAAGCUGAUUCUGCGUCCUGAACCCGAGGACGAAGUGGAUGAGUCAAUGGUGAUUAGUGUGUCAAACUACAAGCCGAUAUAAUCUCUCUCUGUAAAUUACAGAAUACACUCACAAGCCAUUUUAUUAUAUACACCGUUCUAAUACCCCAGUUCCUCUCAGAACUGCCUUAGUUCUACGUAGCAUAGAUUCAACAAGAUGUCACAUUCCUCACCAUCAGUUACUCUGUCAGCUGAACACCUCCGGUGAUUGUAGAGGCUUUAUGUCCUUACCCAGACAUGGUCAAUAACAACACUCAGGUAGGCUGAGGUGUUUAAACGAUAAUCUAAGAGUCCAAAGUGUGUCAAGAAAAUAUCCCCUCACCAGUCAGUAUCCUGAAAUAUUGAUAAAAGGCAGGAUGGAUUCAGGCUUUCAUGUUGUUUAUGCCCAAUUCUGGCCGUACCAUCUGUCAGAAUUGUGCAUGUGUUGUCCUUGUUGUCCACGUAGCUAAAAGGAGUGGUACCUGGUGUAGUCUUCUGCUGCUGUAGCCCAUCUGCUUGAAGGUUCAACGUGUUGUGUGUUCAGAGCUGGUUUUCUGAAAACCUUGCUGGUAAUAAGUUUUGUUGUGUAAAUCUCAACAGAUCAGCAGGUUCUGACAUACUCCUUUCAGCCCGUCCAGAACCAAUAACCACGCCACAUUCGAAGUGACAAAUUUUCUUUCUUCCCCAUUCUGAUGCUCAGCCUGAACUUCAAGUUGUCUUCAUCACUUCUAGACAACCAAAUAUAACAAGUUACAGCUGUGUAAUUGGCUGAUUUUAUGUUUCUAUACAUAAGCAAAUGGUGUACCUAAUGAAGUGGCCACAGUUGGUGUAUUCAUGUUUAUUAAACCGUCUGAAAAUCUGCGUGCAUCAUAGAAUGUUGACUAAUGACGAGCAAACCUGUUUUAUGUAAAUGCUGGUAUGAAAGGAAGCGACAGCCUACAGUGAAAACAUUGAUCAAAUAAACAUAAACCUUCUCACCCCUAGAGAAAUGUCAUAAAGUAGAAUGACUCAGAGAGAGAAAGCUGCCUUACUGAUGGCAGCGACUCAUAUUUUGCAUCUGCGAACUCCGUCUCUGAAGGUCCAAAUUAUUUUAACUGACUGGAACUUGUAAAGAACUUUUUUGCAGCCGUUUAUUCAGGAAGCUAUUGUGUUUUGGUUAUAAUCAUUGCUUUGUCAUCUAAUUCUGCCCUCCUGCCUGUCAUAUUUACAUGUUUUUAUGUUACAUGUAUUAUUCCCAGCGUUAUUCAGAUGUACAUAGACAUUCAGUCUUGUGUCUGGUUGCAAUAUUCUUUUUUCUUGUUUGUUGUCAUUUAUCCAAUUAACCAAAUGUCAUUUUACUCUGUUUUAUAUACAAUAUAUUUAAUCAGUUUACUAAAUAAAGAAUCAACAGAUCAAAACCAAA